AUGGUGAGCACGAAGAAAGCAAACGUGCUCCUUCUCGGAGGAGGUGCUGUUGGAGCAAUUGCUGCCUUGAACAUCGAGGCAGGAGGAUUGGGGUCUGUGACUGCGGUGUUGAGAUCGAAUUUCAAAGUUGUGGAGAAAGAGGGAUAUACGAUCGAGUCUGUUGAUCACGGGAAUUUCAAAGGAUGGAGGCCGACCAAAGGUGUGCACAUUGUAAAUUCCGUCCCAGAUGUAGAGAGAGAAUCUCUACCUCCCUUUGACUACAUCGUCACAACUACCAAGAACUGUCCCGACAUCCCGCCCUCCCUCGUCUCCCUCAUCGCCCCAGCAGUAACUCCCGGUCACACGACCAUAGUAAUGAUCCAAAAUGGUCUGAACAUCGAAGCCCCCCUCUUUGCCGCAUUCCCCACCAACAUGGUCCUGUCCGGCGUCUCCAUGAUCGAUUCUCACGAAGGUGUUCCCGGGACCAUCCACCACGAGUUUGCAGACGAUUUGUUACUAGGCACAUUCCAUAACCCGUCUCUCAAAGACCCAGAACGAGAAAUCGCUACCGCAAAAGAGUUUAUCAAGAUCUAUGGCAAUGCUGGGAAAACAAACGUGAGGCUCAAUGACAAUGUGCCAUAUUCUCGAUGGAGAAAACUGAUCUUCAACGCGGUGCUGAAUCCGCUUUGUGCUAUCCUGGGACUGGAUGACGCUAGAAUUAGGCUAGCAGGAGGUGCUGUUGAAGGUUUAGUGAGGCCGGCUAUGAAAGAGGUAUUUGAGACUGCGAAGCGGCUGGGGCAUGAACUCGAUGAGGGGAUUAUGGAUACAAUGAUUAAUUGUGAUCCCAUGGAUUUAUAUUUGAAGCCUAGUAUGCAGGUUGAUUGGGAGAAGGGGAACUAUAUCGAGUUUGAGUACCUAGUGGGUGAGCCCUUGAGAGAGGCGGAGAAGAUUGGCGUGCCUACUCCGAAUUUGAAGGUCAUUUAUGAGAUAUGUAAAGCGUUGCAAUGGAGGACGAAGGAGGCCAGAGGGUUGGUGACUGUGCCGCCGAAGAGGGUGUUGUAA